UAGAUAACAAACAGGCGAUUAAAAAGAGAGCAGGUUCGGUUUGUUUUUGUUUGUCUAGGUCUUCCUCAUCUCUUGAAUUUGAUGGCGUCAUCGCCUGAUUCAGCAGCAGCAGCCGCCUCGUUUCCGUACAACAUUCCGCAAUUCCACUCUACUUUGGAUAAAUCAAGUUCAGCUCAGCAAGCUACUAAUCCUACCAUUGCCAUUUCCACCACCAUGGCUGUGCCGCCUGGAUCAGUACUAUCUGCUUCAAUGACUCAAAGACCCAUCACGCCGAUGCAUUCUGCAAAUCCUCUACUUCAACAGCAAAAUUAUCAUGCUUAUCCAUCUUUACCGCCUAUGGCUGCUGCCCCCCUUGGGCCUUGGAGUGGCAUGCCCAGAGCUCCUCUUUUGCCAUAUCCUCCUGGACCCUUUCCUUUGCCACCAUAUGGUGUUUUGCGCCCUCCUUUCUUAUCACCUAAUCUCCAGCUUCAUGCUGCUGCAACGUCAGGUGCAAAUCACUCAUCUUCAAGUCACCACUUAAUCGCCAUGCCGGGGAUGCACAAAGAUUUACCUCCUCCUGGAAUUGACAACAACACUCACAUCCAUGAUUUUUCCACCAAGGAUAAUAAUCUCAUCACUCAUACAUUGGAUGCCUGGACCGCCCACAAGACUGAUGCAGGAGUGGUCUACUAUUAUAAUGCUCUAACACGAGUUUCUACUUAUGAGAAACCUCCUGGGUUUAACGCCGAGUCUGACAAGGUUCCUAUGCAGUCGACUCCAGUUUCUAUGGAGAAUUUGACAGGUAUUGACUGGGCCUUGAUCACCACCAAUGAUGGAAGAAAGUACUACUACAACAACAGAACUAAGUUGAGCAGCUGGCAGAUACCAUCUGAGGUGACAGAACUAAAAAAGAAGCAAGAAGUUUCUCUGAAAGAACAGGAAGUGUCAGUGCCCCACUUCAGUGUCUCGAAUGAGAAAGGAUCUGUUCCAAUUAGCUUGAAUACUCCUGCUAUUACAAGUGGUCGUGAUGCUACAACUCUUAGAGCCUCGUGUGCACCUGGAGCAUCAUCUGCACUUGAUUUGAUAAAAAGAAAGUUGCAAGACUCGGGAACUCCAGUUGCUUCUUCCACCGCUCCACAUUCAUCAGGAAUAGCAACAACAGAAUCAAAUGGCUCCAAAGCAAUGGAGGCUACAGCUAAGGGCUUGCAAAAUGAGAAUAGCAAAGAAAAGCUGAAGGAUGGUAAUGGGGAUGCUAAUGCAUCUGACUCAUCUUCAGAUUCAGAUGAGGAAGAUAAUGGGCCUACAAAGGAGGAAUGCAAUAUCCAAUUUAAGGAGAUGUUAAAGGAGCGUGGAAUAGCGCCAUUUGCAAAAUGGAAGGAAGAGCUGCCAAAGAUAGUGUUUGACCCUCGUUUUAAGGCUAUCCCAAGUCAUUCUGCUCGAAGAUACUUGUUUGAGAACUAUGUUAAAACACGUGCUGAGGAGGAACGCAAGGAGAAGCGAGCAGUUCAGAAGGCUGCAAUAGAGGGAUUUAGACAGUUACUAGAAGAAGCAUCUGAGGACAUUGACCACAACACUGAUUAUCAAAGAUUUAGAAAGAAGUGGAGCAAUGAUCCGCGGUUUGGGGCUGUUGACCGCAAAGAUCGAGAGCAUUUAUUGAAUGAAAGAGUUUUCCCUUUAAAGACGGCAGCUCAAGAAAAGGUUCAAGCAGAACGUGCGGCUGCAGCGGCAAGUUUCAAGUCAAUGCUUCGAGACAAAGUCGAUCUAACAGUUAAUUCCCGUUGGUCCAAGGUGAAGGAAAGUUUAAGGAAUGACCCAAGGUACAAAUCUGUGGAGCAUGAAGAGAGGGAAGUUUUAUAUAAUGAGUACUUAUAUGAACUAAAAGCUGCAGAAGAGGAAGCAGAACGAGAAGCUAAAGUCAGAAGGGAGGAGCAGGAGAAGUUAAAGGAGAGGGAGCGAGAGUUGCGCAAGCGGAAGGAGAGAGAAGAACAAGAAAUGGAAAGGGUGCGAGAGAAAUUGCGGAGGAAGGAGGCAAUUGAAUCUUUUCAAGCUUUGCUUGUGGAGACGAUCAAGGAUCCUCAGGCAUCUUGGACGGAGUCAAAGCCUAGGUUGGAGAAGGAUCCUCAAGGGCGUGGAACUAACUCCUAUUUGGAUUCAUCUGAUACUGAGAAGCUCUUCCGGGAACAUGUAAAGAUGUUGCAUGAGAGAUGCACACAUGAAUACAAGGCUCUGUUAGCUGAUGUCAUAAAUGCUGAAGCUGCUUCCGGAAAGGCAGAAGACAGUAAAACAGUACUAGAUUCGUGGUCAACAGCGAAACGCGUUUUGAAGCAAGAUCCGAGGUAUAACAAGAUGCCUAGGAAAGAGCGAGAAAUGUUGUGGCAGCGCCAUGCAGAAGAUGUGUUGCGGAAACAAAAGAUCACAGCUGUGGAUAAGCACACAGAUCCAAAAAGUAGAAGCUCUGCUGAUUCUGGUAGAUACCUAUCAGGAUCGAAGCGUGCCCAUGACCGUAGAUAGCUUGUUUUACGUGUGGUUUGAAAGUAGGCUUUCUAGAAUUAGAGAGUGCUAGUUUCAGUUAGAGUGCUUGCACUUGCAGUGUGUUUACAUGCAUAUAAAUGGUGUUUGGUGUAUAAAUAUCCUGAUUCAGCUGAUUAUAUUUAUUAGACAAACACUAAUGCUAUAGCACAAAAGACAUUUACUAGUACAACAAAUGUUACUUAUUU